AUGGCGUAUCGAUCGGUCACUUACUUUCAGUGCCCUGACCCCACUGACCACCUGUGCCACGCGCUGACAUUGUUACCUGUGGCUGGGGAACGAUCACGGUCGUAUUGGAAGCUUCUCAAAGGACUUCAGCGAAUCCCCAAGGUGACGGCUAUGAUUCGGUCGGAGGCGCAGACUCUCCUCACACAACUCAGUACAGCUGCAAAUGUCGGAGUCGUGUGGGCUGGGUGGAAAAAACGCACUCAGCAGUUCCUCAAAGCAUACCACACACAACUCUUGGCCCAAAGGACCCACACUAUGGACCCGACCAGCCCCACACCUCAAUGGUGGCAUACGAAUCGGUUAUAG